AUGCUCAUGAUGCUUUUCGUUCAGUGGGCGGUUGAUGGGACAAAAGGUAAUGCCGUGGCGAAAGUGAUGCGCAGACCACUAUGGGAAGGAUAUAGAAUCGAAGAUGACGGCCGAGAGGAAUGUUCGCGGCGCUGUGGGAUGAGCGGGGCGCCAGAAGAGGAGAGCGGGCGUGAGGAAUUGACGAGCGAGAUUAGAAGAUUAAGGAUCAUGGGACUAUUAACAAGGGUCUUUCAGUCGCUGGGCCUAGGGGCUCAAGUCGGGGCAGGAGCAGACGCGUCGUUCAGGAAGGAAGGCGCGAGGCAGCGGGCAGACGGUGAGAAGGGCGAAGAGAAAAGUAUUGAGCAAAGAUGGAAUACAGGAACGGUCAAGGACGGGAUCAAGCGGGCAAGGCUGGGUCUUGAUGCGGUCGACUUGCGGGCUUUGUCAGGCUCAAGGAGCGACGAUACUGGCGCGCUCGGAGGGAUCGAGAUUAGUAGGGCUAAGCUGAAGAAAGGGAGUAGAGAACGAGGGAAGAUGGAGGGGAGGAAGAAGGGGUGGGAUGGGGGAGGACCGGUGGAGUUGGAGGAUGGACAAGUGGGCGUAUUUGAUCGGUCGCCCGCAGGCGCUAGUGGCCAGACACCCACCAAUUCAGGGGCUUGCUCCCGGCUAGCCCUGCAAAAUCCUCGAUGGCUGCAGCACGGGGAAGCAGAAGCUGGUAGUGAGCAGACAAUUAUGCGCUGGCUGCAGAGAACCGCAAAGGAUUCCGUCCUCUAUCAACACCAGGGCGGGCAACUGCCCGGCUCCCUCCAGGACGCCGCCCACAAGCAGGCCACCCAGCGAUACCCGGUGACACCCAGCGAUGGCCCAUGGACGAACCAUCGUGCCUCUGCCUCUGUGCACUCUGUCGCGCUCCCGCCAAAAAUAAGCUGCCGGACAGCAAAUACCCCUUCAAUUGAAACAUGCGCACUCUCAUUGCUCAGCGAACUUCGUCGUCUGCACACCGCAUCCAGCACUUUCCAUCAGCGGCGUCUAUCCAGUCCAGUCAUCGCUGUGGAACUGCCUGCCAACAGCGGCGAGAAGCGGUUAGGCAUGCACAUCAGCAGAAUGAACAUAGUGACACUAAUAAUCGAGGACUGCUUUGCCAUGCACUCGCUCGUUCAUCGUCAAUGCCGAGGACCAGCCGUGCAUGAAGCACUCAGCUUGCUCCUUCAUCCCAACUCAUAUCGAUACCUCCCCGGACACCUCUGCCGGCGCCGGAGGAUAGGAGAAGGAGUCAUCCACGGCGAAUAUCCAGCCCGCAAAGACAGUAGAGAGCGUGCCAGACAGAGAGUCCCUGAGCACCUCGUGUGGCCCCCGUCGCCCUCGUUUCAAGCCCGGGGAUGCCCGUCUCGCCGCUGGCCUGAAACCGUCUCACUAGCGCUCAGCGUGCAGAUUCAUCUCGUCAAGCUCGCCCUGCAGGAACCCAAGGCGAACGCCAAGCUUUGGCCGAGACAGGCGCCGUUGAAACAACCUCCUCCUGACUGCUGGGCUGAGGAUGCCAAACGCCCGUGCGAGCAGAUCCACAUGAUCCUUCGCAAUCCUUCCUUUGCAAUGGCGCAUGCCGCCAUCGUGGCUUUUGAUUGCAUUUCUGAUGGUCCGAUUCCGCUCUGUUCACUCUCGUGUCCUGUCUGCGAAGCCUCUUUUCUACCCGCCCACGAAGACAGCGGAUGGCUUGUUUACAUAAAACGUCUUGAUAGCCACGUUAAGAAGAAGCUCCAAGACAUGGCGAAGUACGGAAUCAAGUGCGACACAGUCUCUAGUUUCCUUGAGAAAGAGACAACCGCUCUGAACCUGGGGUACGGAUUUUGUUUGUCGGCAGCCGUAUCGAUUUGUCCUUGCGGUCGCACUGGCAGUCUGUAUCACUACGACCGCAGACACGCCAUGAUCGUUGAAGGCGCGAUAGCCGUUCCACGAAGAGUUCAGUACAUCCCUAAUCAGUGGGCUGUUAGACAGUUCAUGCUCCUACGGUUACGAAAAACCAUCAGUUCUUUAGUUUCUCUCUCUCCAAUUCUCAAUCCCACCCCUCCUCCCACCGCCAUUGAAGUAGACGUCUCGACUAUAUCACCCAUUUCCAUCCCUCCCUCCAUGAAACACCCCAUCCACCAGCCAACCUUCCAGAAUGUUUCAACACGCAUCCCAAUGACGUCUGCACCUCCCUGUCGCUUGAAAAAUGGCGGCGGGGAUGAUGUUUCGACGAAACGGGAGCCUGGCCUGGGGUUGAUCUUGGCCCAGAAGAGGGUGGUUGAGUGUUUUUGGUUUGCUGGGCUGCCAGUCGGUGUAUUCAUGCGUCGAGGUUGGAGAUCUAGAUCUGGUGCCUAUAUCCAGCGCUGUCUUUUUGUUUCUCGGACUGUUCCGUUUGUGACCGACCCCUAA